GAGUUCGAGGCACUAAUAAGGAUAUAUGGGUGUGUCUGCGGCCUCGAUACUCAAUCGCCUUCUUUCCCGUAAGAACCUGACCGCCAGAAGUGAAUUUACCGACGCCAAUGCCGCCACCAGCACUAUCCUUAGAUACCUAGAAGAGGGUCGCCUCGGAAAAGCUGUCUUGAUCCUGUUCAAUUCUCCAUUUCCUUUUCCUCAUACACUGUACACUCGCCUCUUCCAACUUUGCUCUUCCACUCGCGCACUCGUUGAAGCUCGAAAGGUCGAGUCUCAUUUGGCUACAUUUUGCCCCACACCGCCUAUUUUCCUCUUGAACCGGGCCAUUGAGGCGUAUGGUAAAUGUGGGUGUUUGAAAGAUGCGAGGGAGCUGUUCGAUGAAAUGCCUCAGAGAGAUGGGGGUUCUUGGAAUGCGAUGAUAACAGCGUAUACGCAGAAUGGGUACGCUUUAGAAGCAUUGAAUUUAUAUUUGGAUUUGAAUAAAUCCGGUGUUUAUGCUACUGAGGUAACUUUAGCUAGUAUCCUUAGAUCUUGUGGUUCUGUUUUGGCUCUUCACUUUUCGAGGCAAAUUCAUGGGCAUAUUGUUAAAUGUGGCUUUGUUGGCAAUGUAAUUCUUGAGAGCUCGCUUGUUGAUGUCUACGGGAAGUGUAGGCUUAUGAAUGAUGCACGUAGUAUGUUUGAUGAAAUCCAGAACCGAAAUGAUGUUUCCUGGAAUGUAAUUGUUAGGCGCUAUCUUGAGGUGGGCAAUGGGAAAGAGGCAGUUUCAAUGUUUUUCCAAAUGUUCCGUGAGUCACUGAUGCCAUCGAGUUUUACUUUUUCCAAUGCUCUCAUUGCUUGUUCACGUAUGGCAGCCCUGAUAGAAGGCGGGCAAAUUCAUGGCAUUGUAGUUAAAGUAGGUUUGGAAGAAAAUGAGGUUAUUUCGAGCUCUUUAAUUGACAUGUAUGUGAAAUGUGGAACAUUAGCAAAUGCUCACCAAGUAUUUACCCAACCUAGUUCAAGAAAUCUUAUUUCUUGGACUUCAAUGGUAUAUGCAUAUGCAACGUCUGGGGAUGUUCUAAAAGCAAGGGAGCUUUUCAAUGAAAUGCCUGAACGCAAUGUGAUUUCAUGGAAUGCUAUGCUGGCAGGGUAUAUUCAUUCCUCUCAAUGGGAGGAGGCAUUAGAAUUUGUCCACUUGAUGCGCAGUUCGAUUAAGGAUAUUGAUCGUACAACUCUUUGCUUGAUAUUAAAUGUAUGUACUGGCAGUUCUGAUGUUGAAAGAGGAAAGCAAGUUCAUGGUUUUGUCUAUAGAACUGGUUUCUAUGCUAAUCUCUAUAUUGGCAAUGCCCUCCUUGAUAUGUAUGGUAAAUGCGGGAACUUGAAAAGUGCAAAAGUUUGGUUCUACCAAAUGAGUCAAUGGCGAGAUAAAGUUUCCUGGAAUGCUCUGCUCACCGCACAUGCUCGUCAUGGUAUGAGUGAACAGGCUAUGACAAUUUUUUCAGAGAUGCAAUUGGAAACAGAUCCUAAUAAUUUUACCUUUGCAACUCUUUUAGGAGCAUGUGCAAACAUGUUUGCGUUAGAGCAUGGUAAACAAAUCCAUGGCUUCAUGGUUAGAAAUAAUUAUGCGAUAGACAUCGUACUUACCGGAGCAUUAGUUGAUAUGUACUGCAAAUGCCGGGAACUUAAGUAUGCUCUCAAGGUUUUUGAACAUGUGGCCUCACGCGAUGUGGUUUUGUGGAACUCCAUUAUCUUAGGAUGUUGCCACAACAGAAGGGAUAUGUUAGCAAUCAAACUAUUUCAAUUAAUGACGAUGGAGGAAGGCAUUAAACCAGACCAUGUGACCUUCCAAGGUAUUUUGCUCGCUUGUUUGCAUGAAAAUCUCGUUGAGUUAGGUAGGAAGUAUUUCGAUUCAAUGAGUGAAAAGUUCUGUGUCAUACCUCGAUUAGAACACUAUGAAUGCAUGGUCGAGCUCUAUGGCCAACAUGGAAACAUGGAUGAGCUUGAAAAAUUUAUCAACAAUAUGCCCUUUGAUCCCACUGUUCCAAUGCUGGAAAGAAUCUUCAAUGCAUGUAGAGAACAUGGACACUCGAGGUUGGCAGAAUGGGUAGCUAUACGACUAAAUGAGCAAAACUUUCCAAAGUAAAAUCAUUGAAGCAACAAAAUCUAUCCAGCUGGCAUGGUUCAAAAACACUGAAAAGUUCUCUCUCAUUCAUUCUAUAAUCUAAAUUUUUUGGCUACCUGCUUGAUGCAUCAGCAAUCAAAGAGAAAUUUAGAUCCAAGAGCUGAAUGAUAAGAGAACAAGAUGUUAUUUCUCAUUCCAGUAUCAAGUGUUCGCUCUGGGCCAUUGAAGAGCAGUUCAUGUUCAAGCGCUUGGUGAGUAGAAACCAGAAUCUUGAUCUGCGCAACCUGUUGAUUGUUAUAAUCCCCUUCAAGUCAAGUCAUUCACAAACUAAGCUGUCAAUGCGAGUCCAUAAGGGUGUAUUGUGACAGAUUGAAAGAAUGCUUGAAGAAGGAUAUGCCAUGAUCUGUAAUUUGAACAAAAAAAAAAAAAACAUCAAAUUUACUUUUCGAAAGAUAUGCCAAUAUGUUUACAAACAUGAGGUCAACUUAACUGGCAUCUGUAUGUUUUCGAAGAUAAGAGAUCUCAGGUUCAAAUCUUCCAACUCUCAAGUUGUACUUUUUUAAAGAAAAAAUAAUAAUUCUUUAAUUCUUACAA